UUGCAGGACACCGCCGCUCCUUCCAAACCUGUUCGAGGCCCAGAAUGGACCACAAGCUUCAAAUGACUUCUUCUUGGUGGAUUAUCAUCCUUAUCUCACUUUGCACACUCACAGACAGCCGGGUAGUUUACAGCCAAGGCCCCAGCGCCACACUUAACUCCCACAUCCCGAGCAGGACUCAUGGUAGCACCCAGCCUCAGGUGACUGAGGUCCAACAGCAGCACAGCGCGGGGCUCGGUGUGCGGCCUCGGCCUGUUGUUGUCAGCUGCCUCCCGGACUCGAUGCGGGUUGUGGUGCAGGCUGACAUGUUUGACACGGGGAUCCAGGUGGAUGGUGGACAUCUGCGCCUGGGCUCAGACCCAGUGAGGGAAGGGAGUGCAUGUGGAGCAGUGCCAUCAGGAGAGGCGGAGUUCACCAUCCAGGCCCAUCUGACGGAUUGUGGAACUAAACUCUCGUCGACAACAGAGAAGAUUAUUUACUCUAAUGUUCUGAUCUACUCACCUGAACCUUCAUCUGAUGGUUUGCUUAGACUGGAUGGAGCAACCAUUCCAGUUCAGUGUCAUUAUGAAAAGAGAUAUGCUGUGGAUGGCAUUUCCCUUCAUCCCACCUGGGUUUCUUCUGUCUCCACUCUCUCGGCAGAAGAUCAGAUAGACUUCAAUCUGCUACUCAUGACUGAUGAUUGGCGGUUUGGGAGGGGAUCUUAUUCGUACUUCCUGGGUGACCCCAUUCAUUUUGAAGUUUCUGCCAUCAUCGGUAACCACAUGCCCCUGCGAGUCUAUGUUGACCACUGUGUCGCCACAGCAACUCCAGAUGCAGAGGCUACAUUAAGAUAUGACUUUAUUGAAAAUUAUGGGUGUCUAGCUGAUGCUUACCUGACAAACUCCAGCUCCCGUUUCCUACCUAGAGCUGAAGAGCACAAGCUCAGGUUUCAGGUUGAGGCCUUCAGGUUCUACCAGGAGCCCCGCAAUCAGGUCUACAUAACCUGCUAUGUGAAGGCUGUUCCAGUCGUGUUGGCUGUCAACUCUCAAAACAGGGCGUGCUCUUUAAUUGAGAACAGAUGGAGGUCAGUGGAUGGGAACGACCAGGCGUGUAGAAGCUGUGAUAUCUUCCUCCGGGGUGCGGAUCCUCUGCCCACAGAACCCUCUAAAUCAACCAUUCACACCCAAGCAUUGCCCUCCGUGAAUUUGCAGGAGAGUUUAGUCCAAAACAGACCUGAACAACACCCGGCCAACUACUUCAGUUUUCAUCCAGGAAUGCACCAGAGCCAACACAACAUACAUCAUCAAUCCUCUGCUGGAGUGAUGAAGAGAGGAGCUGAGAGCAAAGCAGAGCAAACUGUCCACCUGGGACCCAUUACCGUCCUGCCAUCCAGCAAAAGUGACAGAAGGUCAUCGGAGUCCAAAACAAUACUUUCAACAAAGACCAGAACCACCUGAGACUGAGGUCAGCACAGUGGAGACUGUUGCUGCUUUGAACAAGACAAAACGUUUAGGACACAGUCACUGUGAAUGCAGAGGUUAAUCUGAACUCUUACUCUCAAUGCUCUGCAAAGGGAAAGUACUCACACAUUGUCAUUUACUUUAUUACAGUAUUUUCUGUA